ACUGCCCCGGCAGCCUCCAUUUCCAUGUUCUUAUUAACCGAAGUCCCCGGGGUUAGGGAGCGCUGGCUGCUGGGCACCGGCGUUUUACUGACUUCCUCCUGCAGGCCCCACUCAGUGCCCGGGCUGCCCUCACGCGCCCCCCCACCCCCACCCCAGUCUUAGAGUGUCUCCCUGCUGGGGAGGGCCCAGGACUAGGAGAAGCAGCACUGAAGGAAGGAGGUGCCAGGAUUCUGAGGCAAUGGAAACCGAGGCCUCCGGUGUUAAUUGUGGCUAAUUUUCCCUUGGCUGGUGUGGGAGGAAGGAUUGUGUGUCCCAGAGCAAGGGGCUGGGCCAGGCCCAGGCUUUCCUCUCCUGCACAGCUGCCUCUGCCUGAGUAAGACAGGUCUGGCUGGUUAGUCUGGUGCCUGCUGGAGGAGGGAGGCCAAGCAGGGCCUCAUGUCUGGGUGGCAUCCAUCAGCGUCUUCCUCCUGGUGGAGUUAUGCUCUGUCGCCUAAGCCACCACAGACUGGCAGGGGUCAUGGAGAAUGAGGUGGGGGGACAUCUGGGAAGAAGCAGCCCCAGCCUCUCUGACAGAAACAUCUGGAGAGAAAGCCAGGGCCCUAGCCCUGCGGGAAGCAGAUAAAGAUGACAUUCGGCUGCUGCCUUCAGCAUUGGGUGUGAAGAAGAGAAAACGAGGACCCAAGAAGCAGAAGGAGAACAAGCCAGGGAAACCCCGAAAACGCAAGAAGCUUGACAGCGAGGAGGAAUUUGGCUCUGAGCGAGAUGAGUACCGGGAGAAGUCGGAGAGUGGAGGCAGUGAAUAUGGAACCGGACCCGGUCGGAAACGGAGAAGGAAGCACCGAGAAAAAAAGGAGAAAAAGACAAAGCGGCGGAAAAAAGGGGAGGGAGAUGGAGGGCAAAAGCAGGUGGAGCAGAAGUCGUCAGCAACCCUGCUUCUGACCUGGGGCCUGGAGGACGUGGAGCAUGUGUUCUCCGAAGAGGACUACCACACUCUCACCAACUACAAAGCCUUCAGCCAGUUCAUGAGGCCCCUGAUUGCUAAGAAGAAUCCUAAGAUCCCAAUGUCUAAGAUGAUGACCAUCCUUGGGGCCAAGUGGAGAGAGUUCAGCGCCAACAACCCCUUCAAGGGGUCAGCAGCUGCUGUGGCAGCAGCAGCAGCCGCCGCAGCCGCAGCUGUAGCUGAGCAGGUGUCAGCUGCCGUCUCGUCAGCCACCCCAAUAGCACCUUCCGGACCCCCCGCCCUUCCACCACCCCCUGCUGCUGAUAUCCAGCCCCCACCCAUCCGAAGAGCCAAAACCAAAGAGGGCAAAGGUCCAGGCCAUAAGAGGCGGAGUAAGAGCCCCCGAGUGCCUGAUGGACGCAAGAAGCUUCGGGGAAAGAAGAUGGCACCACUCAAAAUCAAACUAGGCCUGCUGGGCGGCAAGAGGAAGAAGGGUGGCUCGUAUGUUUUGCAGAGCGACGAGGGCCCCGAACCCGAGGCUGAGGAGUCAGACCUGGACAGCGGCAGUGUCCACAGUGCCUCAGGCCGGCCCGAUGGCCCCGUCCGCACCAAGAAACUAAAGAGAGGCCGGCCAGGACGGAAGAAGAAGAAGGUCCUGGGCUGUCCCGCAGUGGCCGGGGAGGAGGAGGUUGAUGGCUACGAGACGGAUCACCAGGAUUACUGUGAGGUGUGCCAGCAGGGUGGGGAAAUUAUUCUGUGUGACACCUGCCCUCGUGCCUACCACCUCGUCUGCCUUGAUCCUGAGCUUGACCGGGCUCCUGAGGGCAAGUGGAGCUGCCCCCACUGUGAGAAGGAGGGCGUUCAGUGGGAGGCAAAGGAGGAGGAUGACGACUACGAAGAGGAGGGAGAGGAGGAAGGGGAGAAGGAGGAGGAGGACGACCACAUGGAGUACUGCCGCGUGUGCAAGGACGGCGGCGAGCUGCUGUGCUGCGAUGCCUGCAUCUCCUCCUACCACAUCCACUGUCUGAACCCGCCCCUGCCCGACAUCCCCAACGGUGAAUGGCUGUGUCCCCGAUGCACAUGUCCUGUGCUGAAAGGCCGUGUGCAGAAGAUCCUGCACUGGCGGUGGGGGGAGCCACCCGUGGCAGUGCCAGCCCCCCAACAGGCAGACGGGAAUCCAGAUGCCCCACCCCCACGUCCCCUUCAAGGCAGGUCGGAGCGAGAGUUCUUUGUCAAGUGGGUAGGACUGUCCUACUGGCAUUGCUCCUGGGCCAAGGAGCUUCAGCUGGAGAUCUUCCACUUGGUCAUGUACCGGAACUACCAACGGAAGAACGACAUGGAUGAGCCCCCGCCCCUGGACUAUGGCUCUGGGGAGGAUGACGGGAAGAGUGACAAGCGCAAGGUGAAGGACCCGCACUACGCCGAGAUGGAGGAGAAGUACUAUCGCUUUGGCAUCAAGCCCGAGUGGAUGACCGUCCACCGGAUCAUCAACCACAGUGUGGAUAAAAAGGGGAAUUACCACUAUCUAGUGAAAUGGAGGGACUUGCCCUAUGACCAGUCCACAUGGGAGGAAGAUGAAAUGAACAUCCCUGAAUAUGAAGACCACAAGCAAAGCUACUGGAGACACCGAGAACUCAUUAUGGGGGAGGACCCCGCCCAGCCCCGCAAGUAUAAGAAGAAGAAGAAGGAACUGCAGGGCGACGGGCCUCCCAGUUCUCCCACUAACGAUCCUACAGUGAAAUACGAGACACAGCCCCGGUUUAUCACAGCCACCGGAGGCACGCUGCACAUGUAUCAGCUGGAAGGGUUGAACUGGCUACGCUUCUCGUGGGCCCAGGGCACAGACACCAUUCUGGCUGAUGAGAUGGGGCUGGGCAAGACCAUACAAACCAUCGUCUUCCUCUACUCUCUCUAUAAGGAGGGCCACACGAAGGGUCCCUUUCUGGUGAGUGCUCCACUCUCUACCAUCAUUAACUGGGAGCGGGAGUUCCAGAUGUGGGCACCGAAGUUCUAUGUGGUGACAUACACGGGUGACAAGGACAGCCGGGCCAUCAUUCGUGAGAAUGAGUUUUCCUUUGAAGACAACGCCAUCAAAGGUGGCAAGAAAGCUUUCAAGAUGAAGAGGGAGGCCCAGGUGAAGUUCCACGUUCUCCUGACAUCAUAUGAGCUGAUCACCAUUGAUCAGGCAGCGCUUGGCUCCAUCCGCUGGGCCUGUCUCGUGGUGGAUGAGGCCCAUCGGCUCAAGAACAACCAGUCCAAGUUUUUCAGGGUCCUCAAUGGCUACAAGAUAGAUCAUAAGUUGCUGCUGACAGGGACGCCAUUGCAGAAUAAUCUGGAGGAGCUCUUCCAUCUCCUGAACUUCCUCACCCCAGAGAGGUUUAACAACCUGGAGGGCUUCCUAGAGGAGUUUGCUGACAUAUCCAAAGAAGACCAGAUUAAGAAACUUCAUGACUUGCUGGGGCCACAUAUGCUGCGGAGGCUUAAGGCCGAUGUCUUUAAGAACAUGCCAGCCAAGACAGAGCUCAUCGUUCGCGUGGAGCUGAGCCCCAUGCAGAAGAAAUACUACAAGUACAUCCUGACCCGCAACUUUGAGGCCUUGAAUUCACGAGGUGGUGGGAACCAAGUGUCCCUGCUUAACAUCAUGAUGGAUCUCAAGAAGUGCUGCAACCAUCCGUACCUCUUCCCUGUGGCUGCUAUGGAGUCCCCGAAACUUCCCAGUGGGGCUUAUGAGGGUGGGGCACUUAUUAAGGCAUCUGGGAAGCUCAUGCUGCUGCAGAAGAUGCUGCGGAAGCUCAAGGAGCAAGGACACAGAGUGCUCAUCUUCUCGCAGGGCUGUUGGAAGUUGUCAUCCAGCUUCUUUGAAGCCAAAAGGGGAGAAGUGGAAGGGGGAGCCACCUGCCUCCUGAAGGAGAUGACCAAAAUGUUAGACUUGCUAGAGGACUUCCUCGACUACGAAGGCUACAAGUAUGAGCGCAUCGAUGGUGGCAUCACUGGCGCCCUGAGGCAGGAGGCCAUCGACCGCUUUAAUGCUCCUGGGGCCCAGCAAUUCUGCUUCCUCCUGUCUACCCGAGCUGGAGGCCUGGGCAUCAAUCUCGCCACAGCAGACACUGUCAUCAUCUUUGAUUCUGACUGGAACCCCCAUAAUGACAUCCAGGCCUUCAGCCGUGCUCAUCGGAUCGGCCAGGCCAACAAAGUGAUGAUUUACCGAUUUGUGACUCGCGCAUCAGUGGAAGAGCGGAUCACACAGGUGGCCAAGCGAAAGAUGAUGCUGACACACCUGGUGGUGCGGCCCGGGCUGGGCUCCAAGGCAGGCUCCAUGUCCAAGCAGGAGCUGGACGACAUCCUCAAAUUUGGCACUGAGGAGCUAUUUAAGGAUGAAAAUGAGGGAGAGAACAAGGAGGAGGACAGCAGCGUGAUUCACUACGACAACGAAGCCAUCGCUCGGCUGCUGGACCGGAACCAGGAUGCAACUGAGGACACCGACGUGCAGAACAUGAACGAGUACCUCAGCUCCUUCAAGGUGGCCCAGUACGUGGUGCGGGAAGAAGACAAGAUUGAGGAAAUCGAACGAGAGAUCAUCAAGCAGGAGGAGAACGUGGAUCCUGACUACUGGGAGAAGCUGCUGCGGCACCACUACGAGCAGCAGCAGGAGGACCUGGCCCGGAACCUUGGCAAAGGCAAGCGGGUCCGCAAGCAGGUGAACUACAACGAUGCUGCUCAAGAGGACCAAGAUAACCAGUCAGAAUAUUCAGUGGGAUCAGAGGAGGAGGAUGAAGACUUUGAUGAGCGUCCUGAAGGGCGUCGACAGUCCAAGAGGCAGCUCCGGAAUGAAAAAGACAAGCCGCUGCCUCCACUGCUGGCUCGAGUUGGGGGCAACAUUGAGGUGCUGGGGUUCAACACCCGUCAGCGGAAAGCCUUCCUCAACGCCGUGAUGCGCUGGGGCAUGCCGCCGCAGGACGCCUUCACCACCCAGUGGCUGGUGCGCGACCUGAGGGGCAAGACGGAGAAGGAGUUCAAGGCCUAUGUGUCUUUGUUCAUGCGCCAUCUCUGUGAGCCCGGGGCAGACGGCUCUGAAACCUUUGCGGACGGGGUCCCUCGGGAGGGACUGAGUCGCCAGCAAGUGUUGACCCGCAUUGGAGUCAUGUCACUCGUCAAGAAGAAGGUUCAGGAGUUUGAGCACAUCAACGGGCGCUGGUCUAUGCCGGAGCUGAUGCCUGACCCCAGCGCUGACUCCAAGCGCUCCUCCAGAGCCUCCUCUCCUACCAAGACCUCCCCCACCACUCCUGAGGCUUCUGCUGCCAACAGUCCUUGCACCUCGAAACCUGCUACUCCAGCUCCAAGUGAGAAAGGAGAGGGCAUGAGGACACCUCUGGAGAAGGAUGAAGCAGAAAACCAGGAGGAGAAGCCAGAGAAGAAUAGCAAAACUGGGGAGAAGAUGGAGGCAGAGGCGGACACUCCCAGCCCAGCCCCGUCACUUGGGGAGCGGCUGGAGCCAAGGAAGGUUCCUCUAGAGGAUGAGGGGCCAGGGGGACCUGGAGAGAUGGAGCCUGAACCUGGGUACCGGGGGGACAGAGAGAAGUCAGCCACAGAGUCGACGCCAGGAGAGAGGGGGGAGGAGAAGCCGUUGGAUGGACAGGAACAGAGGGAGAGGCCGGAGGGGGAGACAGGGGAUUUGGGCAAGAGAGCCGAAGACGUGAAAGGGGACCGGGAGCUCCGACCUGGGCCUCCUCGAGACGAGCUGCGGUCCAAUGGGCGACGCGAGGAGAAGGUGGAGAAGCCGCGGUUCAUGUUCAACAUUGCAGACGGUGGCUUCACAGAGCUUCACACACUGUGGCAGAAUGAGGAACGGGCAGCUAUUUCCUCGGGGAAACUCAAUGAGAUCUGGCACCGAAGACAUGACUAUUGGCUUCUGGCUGGGAUUGUCCUCCAUGGCUACGCACGGUGGCAGGACAUCCAGAACGAUGCUCAGUUUGCCAUUAUCAACGAGCCAUUUAAAACUGAAGCUAAUAAGGGGAACUUUCUGGAGAUGAAAAAUAAGUUCCUGGCCCGGAGAUUCAAGCUCCUGGAGCAGGCGCUGGUGAUCGAGGAGCAGCUGCGGCGGGCGGCCUACCUGAACCUAUCACAGGAGCCGGCGCACCCCGCCAUGGCCCUCCACGCCCGCUUCGCCGAGGCCGAGUGCCUGGCCGAGAGCCACCAGCACCUCUCCAAGGAGUCGUUGGCGGGGAACAAGCCGGCCAACGCCGUCCUGCACAAGGGUAAGGGCCGCGGCGGCCCCGCGCGGGGGAGGGCCCACAACGCUGCUUCUGAACCAGCUGGAGGAGUUGCUGAGCGACAUGAAGGCGGACGUGACCCGCCUGCCAGCCACGCUGUCCCGAAUACCCCCCAUCGCAGCCCGCCUUCAGAUGUCCGAGCGCAGCAUCCUCAGCCGGCUGGCCAGCAAGGGCACGGAGCCUCGCCCCACACCGGCCUUCCCCCCGGGUCCCUACGCCACACCUCCGGGGUACGGGGCGGCCUUCAGCGCCGCACCCGUAGGGGCCCUGGCCGCCGCAGGCGCCAAUUACAGCCAGAUGCCUGCAGGGUCCUUCAUCACAGCCGCCACCAACGGCCCUCCAGUGCUGGUGAAGAAGGAGAAGGAAAUGAUGGGGGCGUUGGUGUCAGACGGGCUGGAUCGGAAGGAGCCCCGAGCCGGGGAGGUGAUCUGUAUAGACGACUGACCGGAUCCCAGACCUGCCCUUCACCCAGGCCUCGUUCCCGAGGCCGACCCCCAGCUCAGGCUCUGGGGCCUGCUGCCAGUCCUCCGCCUUCCCCACCCCUUGGGCCACCACUGGGCUAGGAGCCCGUUUGCCCCUCUCUCCCACUCUUUUCAGGAAGGGCCCUUUGUCUUUUCUACCCCACGCACCUUUCCCACCGCGCUUUGGAGACUGCUGGUGAGAAGAGGUCUGGGUGGGAGCUGGUGAGCAGGGUCCUCCAAGUACCUUUACCCCCACCGCCAAGCAUACACAGCUUCCCGAUCAGUGGUUGUGGGGAGGAAAGAGGUGGAGCCUCCCCAGUUUUUAUUCCCAAAAUAUAAGCUCCACCUCCUGCAGAAGUGGGGAGUUAGCCUUGCCUGGCCUUUAGGAACUUCGGUGGGGAAAAGAGAGCCUUGAAGAGAGGAGGGGACUUUAGAGAGGGAUGACAGUGAGCCCUGGGAGGGCGGAAGGGAAGAGGAGGGGCGGCUGCAUGUUUCCCUCCCUCCCUCCCCGCAGAUGGAGAGUGGAGCAGUUACAAGGGAGGGAGUCCGUUGCUGUUCAGCCUCAGAAUAAAGGCGCUGUUCACUGGCUCAGUCACCUCCUGCGUACUGGCAUCUUGUGUUGGGAAUCUUACCCCAUCCCUAGGGACCAAGGACUGCCCCUACAAAGAGACUAAUAAUUUGGGUGAAUACUCCCUUAAGCCAAAGAGGAGCUCCCCAAUCUGUCCUAGGGACCCACGUAAUCUAGAAAGGGUGGCAGAGAACGCAAUGGGCCAGACGUCGGGGGAGCCCCCAGCUUUGGGGCUCAGGUUCUUGGAGGACUUUUACCCUCCCUCCUGCAGACCUGGAUACGGACUAAACUUGAGUGGGUCAGCCAGGGGGCCUAGUCAGGGGACUACCUUGCCUUUGGGACCAGAGCAAAAUAGUGGAGGGCAGGCUGGGGAGACAUGGGCACAUCCUCCUCCCCGAGAGGGGCUGGGACAGUGGCAGUUUGCAUGGCGAACCCCCCACUUCGUCUUCGCUCCCCUUCACUUUCUUGCUGCCCCUUUCCCAGUCUCUUCACACCCCCUCCUGGUCUGUCCCAGUCCCCUCUUCUGUAUCAGGUUUAUGGUUGUACAUAUAAAUUAUACUUUCCUUUCU